AUGGGCGUCGCCGAGGCGCACACGGCGCGCCUUUGUGAGAAGGGCUUGGCGGCAUUGGAGGCCUCGCACGGGCGUCUCGUGGCCCAGCUCCAGGAGCGGCACCAGACUGAGAUCGAACGGCUGCGUGCCGAGCGAGACCGUGCGCUGGCUGAAGAGACCAAGGCGACUCUGGCCGCUCUCAACGCAAUGCAGAGAGCUCAUCAAGAGGAGCUACACAGGGAGAUCUCCAACUUCAAGGAGGACUAUGCGCAGCAGAUGCGCCACGGCCGCGACACCGAAUGCCUCCAGAGGGAGCACCAGGAGGAGCGGGAGCACAUCAAGCAGGAGAUCCUGUCCCUGUCGGAGAAGUAUUCGCUCAAGUGCCUUGAGAAGGCAUCUCUCGAGGAGCGGCUGCAGCGAGCCGGUCAGCAGCUGCAGGAGGCCAACUACCAGGUGCUGGACUUACUGGCCAGGAACAAGCAGCUGGCAUCGCACUUGGGUCUUCAGAUCCUUCAGCGGGAGCAGGCCGUUCCUUCGGACAACUCGCCCGAGGCCCUCGAGAAGUUGCUGCAGCUGCGUGACAGCCAGCUUGUGCAGCAGCGUGAGGAGAAUGCGCAGAUACUGCACUCCCUGCAACUUGCCAAGACGAAGAUAAACCAGCUCAACAGCCAGUGCCAGCAGCUGAGCAGCAGCCUGCGUGCAGAGCGCAGUGCCCACCAGGCCGAGGCGCAGCGUCUGCAGGCGCGACUCGAGGGUCUGGUCGCCCCUUCUGAUGAGGGAGUGGCAUCCCAGUCCAUGUCCCAGCAGUGUCGGCCCGUGCCGGAGCGUCGUUCCUCCCUGGUGAUCCGGAAGCAGUCCCAGGCUCCAAUGGCCAAAGGUGACUCCCACAAGAGUUUCGGUCGUCCCGAAGCAAUGACGAUGACCAACACUCACAGCAGCUGAAGUGCUGAGACGAAUUUCAGCAGCACCUGUUGGUCGUUGUGCCCUCUCCUUUUUUCUCCCUCCCCAAUCUCUGCUGGUCAGAGAAAAAUGUGACUGUACGCAGCCUGAACCGACAGCACUUAGCUGUCCUCAGCCAUGCCCAAUCCAGAUGUUGUUCUGUAGUCCACCUCCCAUGUUCGAUGUCGCCGUAGGCCAUGACAUCUGCACGAAUCCACACCAUGAACUUAUCGAUUGGAAGUAAGCAACCUCAGCGCAAAGCCGAGUUUGCUUAGUUUUCGUUAUAGCACGUUGAUUAUUCAUUGUUUUUUUUACUUUGUUCUAGCCCAAGCGCUUUUUUUUUCGUCCUUUGCACAAUCUUGUUGUGUGUGUUUCAAACAUGCAGGCCGUUGUUGGCUUGCGUGGGCAGCUCACGAAUCCACUUCGAUCCAGCGGCACCGUGACUGGUCGGCAACCAGUUGUGUGCUGUUCACAGCGAUGCUCUUUUUAUUAAAAUGUUUUAUUAAAAAAUUCGGCAAAUAUUGAAACUUGCCAAACCCUCUCCCAGCUACGUUAGAAACUAACCAGGCAGUGUAGGAAGUUCGUUAGAGGGAGACUUACUAGCGCAAUUAACAAAGUGCCUUCCUUGUACAAACCAGGCAUUAUGAAGCCAGGCUGCUCCUUUUUUAGCACAUCUUAUUUUUCGUUUUAGUGGAGCCAACUGAAAGGAAAACAUAAAUCUAUACGUUGUCAAAAUACACACUGGCACAACCCUCUGUAGCCGUGAAGCGUCAUUUUCCAUUUCUUUUUUUAACCUCGGCAUUCAGGCAAGCUACAAAGGGUUAGCCAGCAAAGCAUAUUCUAUGUCUACACAUACACACACACACACCGACACAAAGCAUAGGUAGAAAGAAAGAAAAAAAGUUAUAGAGAGAGUUUUAUAUAUUAUAAAUAUAUUUUUACAGAUGUUCCUUGUUAACAGAGCCAGUGACGGGGAAUGGAAGGACACAGUUUGUGUACAUACUGUCAGAGAACGCAACAUCGUCAUCACCAGCAAAGAAACGAAGAAACGCUGACGCGCUGGGCUGUCGGAGAGAGCGAGUGUGUUUUUUUGCGAAGGUCCGCUUAGCCAAGACAGGGUGCGCCACUUCUCCUGUCGCUUGCCGACAUGCGGGAGGGUGUGACCCCAGAGUUUGGAUGUGUUGUUUUGCCGUCCAUAUAAGUUAGUAGCAUAGUAGUGAGCCUUAACAUUUUUUUUGUAUAUCAAAUGUGCACAGUAGUUGCUCGCCGUUGUCAUCGCCACCACCACCACUGCUAGAUGGCGCUUUCCGUCCAGGCAGCCGUGCGAGGUGCGUUGUCGCCGCACCCGACGCGCACCGGCUCUACUCAGGUCUCCUUCAGAAAAGUUGAAGAAUAAAAGAAACAAGCCUCGGCGGCUGCCUCAGGUUUUAUGUGGUCUUUUGUAGAUGUGCAAUACUAAACAAGUCUUGUUUCUCGUGAAAUACAAAUAAAAAGAUGAAUGUGUCUGCA